AUGGCCGACAUUGUUGUUGAGAAGAGAAAAUCGACACCUAAAAUCGAAUUUGAAGAUAGAAAGCGAAUACAAUUUCACGUUAUUAGCGUUAAAGGAUUACCCCAGUCCACAGGAUGGCAAACCAUGUCAUCGAUAUCUGUGUCUGUGGAAAGCCUUGAAACCAGAGACUCUUUUGCCACUGAGCAGAAGAAAAGCGGUUCCUUAAUUUCAUGGGGCGAGAAUAUGCCUCAAUUGGACCUGAAAGACAGCUCCAAAGUUCGUUUCGAACUAAAGAGCCAAGUCCUGUGGAAGAACAAAACGGUGUUGGGAUCAACGGACACCCUCACCGUUGGUCAGCUACUGAAAAUGCAGAGUGAAGCAGGCGAAGACCGCGACGCGCAUGUCGACCUUCUCGUGUCUACAAAAUCUUCGGCAACUAACAGCCCCAAGCAAGCUGUUCUGAGCAUAAUAGUGCGGCAGACUGCGAUGAAAGACCGAAACAGUGUAAUCACAGCAGCAGAUCAGUCGCGUUUUGUGGAAAUGUGCUCGAGGCAGUCGUCGGAAGAAUUGAGGGCUUUCGUUGGGAAGAUGGUCCGAUUUAGGAAAGCUCUAGAAGACACGCCUAAGGUGUUCGUAAGGCGAAUCAUUGAGAAUCCUGUGACGAAGAAUAUCAACAAGAAUACCGUCGCGCUCUCGAGCUCGCUGAACGAGGCGUUCACGCCCUUUGAAUCGCUUUCUGCGAGACAUAUGGGCAAGCAAAGUGAACACACAAUGCAAAUGAUGGGUGAGAUGAUGUGUGGUGUUGUGAAGGCGCUUGUGUCAGUUGAAAACUUUCUGAGAAUGCAAGAUGUUUUUGCAAAGGAUAAGCUUGAGUUCAAGGUGACGUACUGGAUAAAGUAUUUCGAAGACUGCGCAAAGUUUUUGCUUGAAAAGGACACCAAGCGACCCGUUCCUUUGAUCAACAAGACUUCGAGAAGGAUCGCUCUACAAUCUCCGUUAGUUGCGAAUGGAGAACUGCCAAAACAUAAUAUGCUUCCCAUGGAAAUCCCAGCAACUUAUUCUUCUGGGUCGUAUGAUAGACCCGACCUUGUGAGACUUGUCGCAGAAUGGAUAUUCUCACCUUCUUUCCGGGAGACUGGGCGUCCAGACAGUCCAAACGCGGGGUCUCGUAGAAGCAGCAGUCACAGUGUCCACACCAGCAGCGGCAUAACUGCGAACAAUGUAUUUUGUCUUUCAGGAGCACCAGGCUGCGGUAAGACACAGCUCGCUGCGCAUAUCAUGGACUGGUUGCGAGAUAUGGGAUGUCUCGGUGGAUACUUCUCUUUCGACCUGGAUUCUUCAUCGUCGGCGAAGCGUACCCCGAGCCAGAUACUCGACGCCUUGCCGAUGACUAUCAUUCACCAAAUAUCCGUUGCGGAGCCGGACGCCGAGGGGCAUCUAAAAGCUGCGUUCACGAAAGCCCAGGCUUCUGCCGCUAUCCACGGAAACUUGGAAGAGCGCUUCGAGAAACUGUUUGUAGGCCCCAUGCGCGAGUUUGAGAAAGGUCGUGUCGCUCCUCUUUGGAACCCACUUGAGCCAUUGGUUUUUGUCAUUGACGGAGUAGGCUCACGCACUGGAGUUGGCGAAUGUGAUUCAGCAGAGGCGAAGGCAGAGUAUCAGAGGAUGGUCGAGGUGUUGGCAGGAUUUUUGAGCUCAAAAGCUAUGAGUAGAGUGCCGCAGUAUAUCAAAUUUUUGGUACUCUGUCGACCGGAAACGGGAUUGGCCAGGAUGUUGAGCCAAACUGGGACGGGGUACGUGAGUGAGAUGGGCCAUAUCGUGCAGUAUGUCGAGUCGUCUUCGUUUUCGUCACCCCCUUCGCCCUUGCCUACGCCUUCCCCCGGCUCAACGACUGAGUCUGGAAUUUACGGGCCGACAUUCUUUAAUGGAAAUACAUCUGGGCCGCCGAGUCCUAAUCCUAAAGUUUCGAUUCAGGCGUUCUGA